UUUUAACACGUCAAAGAUGGAGUAAUGUUGUCUUUCACUCCUCAAAAACUAAUACUACAGAAAUAGUUGUUGAUGGUUUAAUAUUUGGAAAUGGAAUUAAUACAAAUUGGGAUUAUUCACACGUUUUUGUUGGUACGGUUGGUACGGGUGAACUUUUAGUAUACGAAAGAAAGCCUGAUAAUAAAUUAAAGCUGUUGGAAGCUGUUCAAGUUGAACAUGCUAUUGAUAACGUUAAUGUGGAUCCUGUGACUGGUGAAGUUUAUCUCGCAGCGAUAAACAGUGUCACAGAUAUGUAUUUACAUCUAAGUGGUAUAAAAGAUGCUAAACUUGCAUUCAGUGUAUUAAAAGUUAGCAACAACACUGGAGAAAAUAAAUUUUAUGGGAUCAAAUACGAAAAAAAGAAAAUUUUUGAGGAUGAUGGUACAUUGUUUGGUGCCGUUUCUGUGGCAGCCGGUGAUAGUGUUAGGAAAGUAAUGUUACUUGGAUCUUUUCAUACACCGGGAGUUAUUAGAUGUGAAUUAAAUUGA